AUGACUUCAAGUUCAACUGCUAAUGGGAGCCCUUUGGCUAAUCAAUCUGCUGCUGAGAAUUCAGUGAAGAGUAUUGCCCCAGUAGUUGCAUCAACUCAGGGAGAAAGUUCAAAACCAUCAUUGGUCAAGGGACCUACUUCAGCUUAUAUUGGAGUGAACAAGGUCAGAGGCAAAGAUCAUGUGUAUACCUCCUUUGCCUAUGUCAAAACGAGAGGUCGCUCAGUGUAUUUGGGUAGAUAUGCUGAUGAAGAGGAGGCUGCAAGGGUUCAUGACAUUGUCACUCUAAAGUGCUCCGGAGCAAGAGCAAGAUUGAAUUUCCCGGCAAGUCAUUACCAGGACAUAAUGAGAAUGAUGAGAGACAUGGAUGAUGAGGAGGUGCUCGCUCAUGUUAGAAGGUCUGGCAGCCGAUUUGCAAGGGCAGACUCCAAUUAUCGUGGAGUCACUAGGUACUUUCAAACCGGCGGGUGGUUCUCUGGAUACCAUUCCUUGGUGCAUCAGGAUCGGAUGCCGCUCUUCAGAUACUCGCAGACUGUGAUGCACCUCCUAUCCGCACAUCCGAAUUCCCAAGCUCACAAUGCGUUUGAUUCCAGCUCUGAGGAAGAAGCUGCAAUGGGAUAUGACAUUGAGACAACCAAAGAGAAAGGCUGGAAUGCACGAACAAACUUCAGCCUAGCUCUGUAUGAUGUCGCCGGAAUUCGUGCUGGAACCGCAAUCCACCAAUCACUGAAGAAGUUGCCAAGUACCUUCAGCCGGCAACAAUGUGCAGGUCUUCGGGAGAAGAUCAAGGCAACAGUUCGUCUGGACACCAUUCCUUGGUGCAUCAAGAUCAGAUACCGCUCUUCAGAUACUCGCAGACUGUGA